CGCCUGCGCCAAGAGGCCCUGGUGGCGCAUUUUUCCCCCAUCAGGCGAAGGUGGCGAUUGAGGCGGAAGGGGGUGGGGUUUUGUGGUUGCCGUUAUUGCGUUGAGACGGGCGAAGGGACGCGUAAAACUCCCGGCGAGGUCUUAGAAUGGACCAGUGAAGAAGUCGUGGGGGAGGCUACGGACGCUCCGCCCCUCUGCUAUAAGAUGUGGCCGCGGCGUGCUUGAGGAGGAAGCCCCGCACGUACGUGGUCGUGUCGGGAGGAGCGGCUGGAGCGCUUUCCUCGGAGCUCGCCUGUGUGCCGCUGCUCUUUUCGUAGGCUUGCGGAGUCGAGCGCAAGUGUGUGAAGUGCAAGAGAAAGGGACGGUUCUUGUAUUCAAGGGCGACUCUCCUCCUAAGAUUGAAUCACACUACUUCAAAAUAGUUUUUUAAAAAAUGGAACAAAUAGAAGAGACAUCCAAAAGAAUUCUCCUCGAGCCGUAUAACUACUUACUGCAACUGCCAGGUAAACAAGUCAGAACCAAACUUUCUCAAGCCUUUAAUCACUGGUUGAAUGUUCCUGAAGAUAAGCUACAGGUUAUCAUUGAAGUGACAGAAAUGUUGCACAAUGCAAGUUUGCUUAUAGAUGACAUAGAAGACAAUUCAAAGCUAAGACGAGGUUUUCCAGUAGCUCAUAGCAUCUAUGGAAUACCAUCUGUAAUAAAUUGUGCAAACUUUGUUUAUUUCCUUGGCUUGCAAAAGGUUUUAACACUUGAUCACCCAGAUGCUGUGAAAGUGUUCACUCGCCAAUUGCUGGAACUCCAUAAAGGCCAAGGCUUGGAUAUUCACUGGAGAGAUACUUACACCUGUCCUACAGAAGCAGAAUAUAAAGCAAUGGUUCUGCAAAAGACAGGUGGCCUUUUUGGACUAGCUGUAGGCCUCAUGCAGUUGUUCUCCAGUUAUAAAAAAGAUUUAAAACCACUCCUUAACACCCUUGGGCUCUUCUUCCAAAUUAGAGAUGACUAUGCAAACUUGCACUCCAAAGAAUAUAGUGAGAACAAAAGUUUUUGUGAAGACCUAACAGAAGGGAAAUUCUCAUUCCCAACUAUCCAUGCCAUAUGGUCCAGGCCAGAAAGCACACAGGUGCAGAAUAUUCUGCGACAGAGGACUGAAAAUGUGGACAUUAAAAAAUAUUGUGUGCAUUACCUUGAAGAUGUGGGUUCCUUUGAAUACACUCGGAAAACAUUGGAAGAACUUGAGUCUGAAGCUUAUAAGCAAAUUGAAUCACUUGGUGGAAAUCCUGAGCUUGCAGCGUUACUUGAAUAUUUAAGCAAAAUGUUCAAAGACAAUGAAAAUUGAAACAAUUGCCAAUUAUGGUUACUACAAACAGUUCUGAAAUGAUCAUGAGGAUCUAGUAGCAUUACCUUGCUGCAUAGGAACUGCUCUGAAGCAUAUUUUAAUGGGUAACUGGGAGUUUGAUAUGUACCCUAAGUGUUCUUUUAAUUUUCAGCUGCUUAUACAAAAUUACAUUCUGCUACAAACUUCCAUUGAAAUAAAGCUACUCGGUCUUACUGUAAAA